CUGACAUUUUCUAAUUGAAAUUUACGUUAAGCACAUCCCCCAGCAAGAGGGUCUUUCCAAACACACUCCCUCUCGCCACACACACACACACCGGAAAAAUGGCAGCCCCGCUUUUCCUCCGAGGGGUUCCACUCCUCCGCCUACGUCUCCACCAACACCGCUGCUCCGCCGCCGCCAUACUGACGCCUCGACCGCAGUCCGCCGUCCCCGAGCCGUCGACGAGGAAUCCGGACGAGCACAAAUCUUGCUCAAGUCAGUCCACGGCGACGUUGGGCGUCAAAGACCCUCCCAAGUACCCUAGGUUGAACGAUCUUGAGUACAGGAAGUGGAAAGAUAAGGAAGACGAGAUUCUCAGAGACGUUGGACCCAUCAUCCUGCUCACCAAAGAUAUUCUUCACUCCGACAGGUACAAGGACGGGGAAUGCCUCACAAGUGAAGAUGAGAAAGCUGUGGUAGAAAAGCUUCUUUCUUAUCAUCCACAUUCAUUGGAUAAAAUUGGAUGUGGGCUUGAUUCCAUUAUGGUUGAUCGGCAUCCUCAAUUCAUCUGCUCAAGGUGUUUGUUUGUUGUAAGAAUCGACGGUGGAUGGAUAGACUUCUCCUACCAGAAGUGUCUUCGAGCAUACGUUCGACUCAGGUAUCCAUUGCAUGCGGACAAAUUCAUUAGAAAACAUUUCAAACGUUGAAGCUGUUUAUGGCGCUUCAAGGUACAAAUCUUGAUACUUAAUUCCAAUCAUGAUGGAGCCUUAUUACAUGGUUCUCAGAGACUGAGAAAUAAAGAUCUUCAAAAACCCAUGAACCUGGCCAUAACCAUUGCUCGAGUGACCCACAUACCCCGUUGCGCUCCCUCUUGUCAAUGUAGUAGAUAUUAGUUGACUUACUACUCUUCAUGUUUAUUUUCUUCUCAUGUGGACAAAGAAAAAUGAUUGCCAUAAAAUUUUAAUAUCUUGACUUGCA